CAGAGCGCAUUCUCCCACGGACUCUGCAAACUUGACAUUCAGACUGAGGAGCUCUUUUGGCGGUCCUCUCGUUCUGGUACUGUUACUGUGCUCUCUCCCACGACCUCUUAACUGUAAUACCUCUCCGCCUUGCAAGUUUGUCAGGGACUUCUGUUGGCAAUUUCGACGUACUCGGCAGUUUUCCUGGUGUUCCCACCUCUUGCAUUCUCCUAUCAGUCAACACGAGCUUCCGGGCUCCACAACGGAAAGCGUAUAAGACAGAGGCCAUCCGGGAAAGCUUUCUAAAAACAUCAGCAAAGUUCUCGACUGGCGGAAAUACGUCAUUUCGGCGGCACGCCUUGUUUACAUUUCGCGAGCAGACGACGUUCCUCAGCACAGGGUUCUGACACCACGACUUGCUAUCGGCAUAUACACCCAUAACACUCGACAAUAUGACUAACGGCGAACCAUUCACGGGGGAGCGUACUUGGGAACAAGUUGGUGUUGAUGUCACGGGCUUCGUUUACUGCCCUCCAGGCUGGGACGAACAGCGACUCCGAGCGGGGCCGGACGCAGAGGCGAUUGGCAAAAUUGCUAUGGACACUUACACCGAUAUCAGCUACAUAAAAGAGAAGAACGCCAUUCAGAUCUCUGGCGAGACUCAUGACGAUGUCUACAAAGCUCAGAACCAACUCAAUGAGCUUUUCUUCCCCGUUAUCGUCAAAUCAAAACGCCAAUGGGCCCGCCCCGAUCGACCUGGCGUGUGGGGCCAGCGUCGCGAUGUCGCAGCAUCCGCGGGAGGACGACAGGGUGGAGGCCUAAGGAAGAUGAAAUCUGAGUCCGCUUUGCAGGCCUCUCGACCGGCUUUCCAUCACAACGCUGGUGGAGCCGGUACCGCCUCUCCUUACCAACAACACUAUAAUCAACAGCAGCAGCCGCAGUAUGGCCAGCAGCAACAGCAACAGCAGUUCAGGGCCCAGCCUUUGCCCCAACCAUCGGCAGCACCUCGGAACUAUUAUGAGAUUCCAGCGUCCUCAAACUUUGCGCAGUGGCGUUAAUGGACUCUCACCCUGAGAAUGCUAGAUCUCGACACUGACAUUUCUCUGAGACACUCAAGAGGCGUAUGCGAGCGUUCAUCUUCGAUCUCGCCCUUAUAUAGUAUAGCAGAAAUCCUCAUAGCUUCACGACAUGAAGCCCGCGUAACUUCCGCACCUCAUAGCAUACUCACAAGUUACCUCUCUGAGACCUUGAUAGCGUUCAUAUCUCCUGUAUGAUUAGCUAUUCCUUUCCGUACCAUUCUCCUUCGUUUAUAGUCUACUUACGGUUGAACCGGCGCUGCCGCUCAUGUACUUAAUAACAAUAAUGCAGAUCUGUCCUAGCACUCCUCUAUGGUACCACCACUGUGCUUCCUCUCAAACUUAUUGCA